CUGUUUCGCACAACAAAUAUAACCAAAAAGCUCUCAUCUGAAAAUAAUAAUGCAGCCUGAAGAAUACAAUCGCAGAGGUAAGGAGCUGGUGGACUACAUCACACAGUAUCUGGGCACCAUCAGGGAGAGGAGGGUGAUUCCAGAUGUGAAGCCGGGCUACAUGAGGGAGCUUCUUCCUGAUACUGCGCCUGAGGAGCCGGAGGACUGGGAGAGCAUCUUCAAGGAUAUCGAGAAAGUCAUCAUGCCAGGAGUGGUUCACUGGCAGAGUCCUCAUAUGCACGCCUACUACCCCAGUCUGACCUCAUGGCCCUCCAUGCUUGGGGACAUGCUGGCCGAUGCCAUUAACUGUGUUGGAUUCACCUGGGCCUCCAGCCCAGCAUGUACUGAGUUGGAAAUGAAUGUGAUGGACUGGUUGUGUAAAGCACUGGGACUCCCCUCCUUCUUCCUGCAUCACCAUCCUGACAGCAGAGGUGGAGGCAUACUGCAGAGCACAGUCAGUGAGAGCACACUGGUCACUCUUCUGGCAGCCAGGAAAGACAAAAUGUUGCAGCUGCGUCCUGACCUCGAGAAGGACGUGGACGACUCGGUGCUAAAUUCAAGACUAGUGGCCUACGCUUCAGAUCAGGCUCAUUCCUCGGUUGAGAAGGCAGGUCUGAUCUCUCUGGUGAAGAUCAGGUUUCUUCCCACUGAUGAUCAGUUGUCUCUGAGAGGAGACACUUUGAAACAAGCCAUACAGGAAGACAGGAGGAUGGGACUGGUCCCUUUCAUGCUGUGUGCAACUUUGGGAACUACAGGAGUGUGUGCCUUUGACAAUCUGUCUGAACUUGGACCAGUCUGUGCAGAAGAGGGAGUGUGGCUCCAUGUUGAUGCCGCGUACGCUGGCUCUGCAUACUUCUGUCCUGAGCUGCGCUGGUCCCUGGAGGGCAUUGAUCUCGCUGACUCCUUUGUCUUCAACCCUUCCAAGUGGAUGAUGGUUCACUUUGACUGCACAGCUUUCUGGGUAAAAGAUAAAUAUAAGCUCCAACAGACGUUCACUGUUGACCCUGUUUACCUCAGACAUGAAAACUCACAGGCAGCCACAGACUUCAUGAAUUGGCAAAUUCCCCUCAGCCGACGUUUCCGUUCUCUGAAACUUUGGUUUGUUAUGCGCUCCUUUGGCCUGAAAAACCUCCAGGCUCAUAUCAGACAUGGGAUUGAGAUGGCGAAGCUUUUGGAGUCUCACAUUAGGAGUGACCCAAAUUUCGAAGUUCCCGCUGAGAGGCACCUUGGCCUGGUGGUGUUCUGCCUAAAAGGGGGAAAUGCUUUGACACAAGAGCUGCUGAGGAGACUGACGCGGUCAGGCACCAUGUACCUGAUCCCUGCAGACAUUAACACCAAGCGCAUCAUCAGAUUCACGGUGACCUCGCAGUUCACCACCGCAGAGGACAUCCUUAAAGACUGGAGCAUCAUCUCCAAAACAGCUUCCACUCUCCUGGCUGAGACUCAGGCUCUGAACAAUGGAGACCAACCAAAAUCAGGGAGAGAUGAGGUGAUGGACGAAUACCUCGACUCUGACAUGCAGUCUGAGGGGAGCGAGGAUGCUGUCUCCUGUCUUGAAAAGGCUGAGGUGGAGCUGUGGAUUGACAAGGCCUGGAACAGAUCCAGGAGACCAAUGCGCUCUCUCAGCUGCAGCAGCGAGCCUCUGCCUUACAGUUGCAGGGGGCCACUGUCUGGCUACGACUUUGAUACAAGGCCUAGUUUUAAAGAUGAUGCAGGCGCCCUCCCUAGCACGCCAUCAACAGCAGGAUCUGGUCCUAUGUUUAAGAUUACAGAGGUGCCUUCAAAUCUCAUGGAUAAAAAGGUCCUAAAAAAGCUGACAAAGUUCUACAGCGUGCCCAGUUUCUGCAACCAGUGGGUGCAGUGUGGCCCGCACCAGCUCUGCUGCCCUGUAAAGGUUUCACAGACAACUACAAAAAACGUAUCCUCCACCUGCAGAAGAAUUAACUGUAUGUCUUCUUCUCCUGUUGCUAACACUGCCCCCUCUACCAAUCCACUGGAAACCACCACAGCACCUAAGCUUCUAUAAUGAUCCUAAAAGCAG